AUGGCGAGACAUAACAUGACCAACGGCGUGGACGAGGUACGAUUCAGCUGGUUCAUCCCGAUCGACGGCGACGGCAGCCGGGCGGGAACGAUGCGGGCGGAGCGCCCGCCGGACUUCGACUACCUGCGCCGGGUGGUGGAGACGGCGGAGGAGUGCGGCUACUAUUCGCUGCUGAUACCCACCCGUUUCGCCAACGGUCUAUUCGCCGAAGAUGCGCCGCUGGCCGAGACUGGACCACCGCCACGGCGCUGGCCGCCGUCACCAGCCGCAUCCGGUUCCUGA